AUGAAAGAGGAAGACAAGGAAAAGACUGCUUUUAUCACCCCAUGGGGAACCUUUCAUUAUAAGGUUAUGCCCUUUGGACUAAAAAAUGCCGGGGCAACUUACCAGCGAGCCAUGAUAGCACUAUUUCACGACAUGAUGCAUCAAGAAAUUGAGGUCUAUGUUGAUGACAUGAUUGCAAAGACUCGACCUGGGGAAAGCCACGUCAAGACCUUGAAGAAGCUAUUUGAUCGGCUCCGUGAGUUCAAGCUUCGACUAAAUCCCGCUAAGUGUGUAUUCGGAGCAACAUCCGGUGCAAUGUUGGCUCAAGAAAGUCCCGUUGACGUAAAAGAACGAGCUAUUUAUUACUUGAGCAAGAAGUUCACUGAAUCAGAGCUGAAGUAUCCUGAUGUUGAAAAGACUUGUGCGGCUUUGGUGUGGGUAUUGCACAGAUUGCGACAAUACACAUUGCACUACCAGACUUUCCUCGUGACUGAGAAUGACCCCAUCAAGUACUUACUUGAUCGACCAGCUUUGGUGGGAAUCCCUAAUGACGAUGAUAGUUUCCUCGAUGACCGUGUCUUGAAUGUAAAUGAAGACUUGUGGAAGAUGUUCUUUGAUGGAGCUGUAAACUUGUCUGGUUCUGGCUGCAAUUGGGAUAGGUGUGGCCAAGUUAAAAGUGUUCGGAGACUCCACACUAAUCAUAAUGCAGACGUAGGUGAAUGGAAGACCAAGGAGGCUAAGUUGCUCCCAUACCACAAGUAUUUAGAAGAUCUAGUGGAAAAGUUCGAGGAAGUUUCGUUCGAGUACUUGCCAAGGUCUCACAACCAAUUUGCAGACGCGCUUGCUACGCUGUCUUCUAUGCUGCAAGUCACUGAUGGGUUAGAGGUUGAGCCUUUAAAAAUAGAGGUUUUGUCGAAGCCAGCUUAUUGCAUGGUAGUGAUAGAGGAACCGGAUGGAAAACCGUGGUACCAUGACAUCAUGACCUAUAUUCAAAAACGAGAGUUCCCAGAAGGUAGCAAUCCAGCCGACCGAAAGCAUCUCAUGAAACUCGCCUCCAAAUUCUUUAUUAGUGGGGAUACAUUGUACAAACGAUCCUUCGAUUCUGUCCUACUUAGAUGUGUCAAUGCUAAGGAAGCCACUCAGUUGAUGGAAGAAAUACAUGAAGGAGUGUGUGGUCCUCACAUGAGUGGCCACAUGUUAGCAAAGAAGAUUAUGAGACUAGGCUAUUUCUGGCUGACCUUGGAAACUGAUUGCAUUCAACAUGUCCGUAGUUGUCACCGUUGUCGAUUUAUGGAGACAAGAUAA